UGUGGACAAAAUCCCUACUGUUCCUUUGGCUCCCUCCUUCCUUGGCAUUUCCGAAGUAUUAGUCUGAGGCAUAUAUAUAUAUAUAUAUAUAUAUAUAUAUAUAUAUAUAUAUAUACGCACAAAUCUAGCCAGUUUCUCGAGAAAAUCUUAUAGAAAAUUUCUUGGGUUUUUUGUCAAUUGUUGAGAACUCAUCAGAUUUCUAUAUGGGUAAGAUGGGAUUAUUUGAUCUUGAGAAGCACUUUGCUUUCUAUGGAGCUUAUCACAGCAACCCAAUUAACGUAGCCAUACACAUGGUGUUUGUGUGGCCAAUUUUAUUCACAGCUCUUCUUAUGUUGCACUUCACUCCAUCCCUGUUUAACCUUCCUCAUAUCGAGUUUUCUAUAUUUGGGAUUAAUCUUAUUCUGAUUUUGAAUAUUGGGUUUUUGCUCACUUUGAUCUAUGCUGCGUUUUAUGUGUGUUUCGAUGUGAGAGCUGGUUCUUUGGCGGCAAUCCUCUGUUUCAUUUGUUGGGUUGCCAGUAGCUAUCUUGGGAAUCUGCUAGGGUUUUCUAUUUCUUGGAAGGUUGUUCUGGUGUCUCAGCUGGUAUGUUGGACUGGACAGUUCAUUGGCCAUGGGGUAUUUGAGAAACGAGCACCAGCUCUUCUGGAUAACUUAUCUCAAGCCUUUCUAAUGGCUCCCUUCUUUGUUCUGCUUGAGGCUCUUCAAAUCUGUUUCGGUUAUGAACCAUAUCCAGGGUUCCAUGCCGGGGUUCAAGCAAAGAUACAAGCUGAGAUUAAUGAACGGCAAGAUAAGAAGCAGAAAUUAAUUUCUUAAGUCUCUGCUGGCCAUCUAUUAUGAGAGCUUGUACAGCAGCCAGGAAUGAAGAAAUAAAACCGGAACUUGUAAUAUAAAUCUUUAUGUAUUAUGUACACACACACACUGAUUUAGGAGUUCCAUGUUUCAAGGGAUUAUAGAAAGAUCCAUGCAUGACAGAUUUGGCAAUAUACAAGCAUCUCUCUUUCUGCUGAUCAAGUUAUUCUCUUCUUUUUAA